UGCUGAUUUGGGCAAACACAUCAUGGGCAGCAGGAGUGAAGAAGACCAGGAAAUCCUCUAGUCUAGAAGACUCCUACGCAUUGUGCAUCUUGACCAUCUUCCUUCCUUCCAGGCUGGACCAGUAGGCUAAGGAAAGACAAUGGCUUUUUAUCCCGUUCAGAUUGCUGGACUAGUUCUUGGCUUCUUUGGCUUGGUUGGGACAGUGGGGACAACACUUCUGCCUCAAUGGAGAGUUUCAGCUUUCAUCGGCAGCAAUAUUAUUAUCUUUGAGAGAAUCUGGGAAGGGCUUUGGAUGAAUUGUAUCCAGCAAGCUAUGGUCACGUUGCAGUGCAAAUUCUAUAACUCCAUAUUGGCUCUCCCUCCGGUACUGGAAGCAGCGCGUGCACUCAUGUGUGUGGCCAUGGCUCUUUCCUUGGUCGCUCUCAUUAUCGGCAUCUGCGGCAUGAAACAGAUUGAGUGCACCAGCUCCAGUGAGAGGGUCAAAGCCUACUUGCUGGGAACGUCAGGAGUACUCUUUAUUGUGACUGGUAUCUUCGUUCUGAUUCCAGUGUCCUGGACCGCCAAUAUCAUCAUCCGAGAUUUCUACGACCCAACCAUCCACGCAGGGCAGAAGCGGGAACUUGGAGGAGCUCUCUUCCUUGGCUGGGCAACCGCUGCUGUCCUCUUCAUUGCAGGCGGGCUGCUCUGUGGAUACUGCUGCUGCAACAGGAAGGAACAGUGGCAUGGAUACCCAGUCUCUGCCUACCGCGUGCCACCAAAAGACAGCCAGAGGAAGGUCACUGUGCCUAGAAAAACUUCCACCAGUUAUGUCUAAGGCUUGCUUUCAACACCAGCUCGUGGCUUAUGCUCAGUGUUUUAUAAAGUCGCCCCAGAAACUGUGAGUACAUAAGGCAGGAGAACUACUUUUAAGCAGAUUUGAAUUGAGAUGAAAGUUAUGAUGUUUUUCCCUGAGGAGGAAUAUAAAUGACUUAUUUGGACAUUGGGAUUCCCUGUGUGUUAUUCGGACUCACGCUUGUUGAACUCAAUAUUUAGUCUAAUUUAUAGAGUAAAGCAUCAAGUAUAUUCUCAGUUAUGGUCAUAUAAUUAUGAUUACUAAUUUUUGCUUGUCAUGUAUUCUAAUAAGAAAGUAAAAUGUUAGAUUAUAGUUGAUAUCAAUAAAACAUACCCAUUUUCAAAC